CAUACACGUUGUUGUAGAUAAAGGUGUGUGGUAUGGUUUAGGUCUAAAGACUUACAAUCAAGAGAUUUUAAGAAAGUUAAACUUGAAAGAUGUACAUCAUUCACGUAUUCGUCGCUGUCUUCUUUGUCUGCACAGUUGAUGCUGGGACACUGAAGUGUAGACAAUGUAAUAAGGCGACAACUCUUUCUGACUGUAAUAGAAUGGUAACAUGUGACGACACCCUAGAGGACUGUUUCCUGGACGAACUGAUAACUGAACAACUGACAGUGGUUUAUGAAGGAGGAUGCCGUCCGAAAGACGUUUGCUCAAAAGCGGGACGAAAGAAGAGGGAUCUUGUGGCUUGUUCUCGAUGCUGUGCAAAUGGUGACGACUGCAAUUCUAGACUUUGCGCUAUUCCUAACCAUAACAUCAGUGCUACACAAUGUUACUUCUGUGACCACAGAUCACCUUCGCAGUCUUCAAUAAGCCGUCCGGACCAGUGUGUGACCUUAACGACCUGCCAGGCAGACGAAGUAUGCUUCACUCAGGCAAGGGCUAUGGGAUCGUUCUACCUUGGAUGUCAAAAGAAAGCGUUGUGUACAAUAUUAAUGCAAAAAGUCUUCCAAGAGAUGGAUCUAUGCAACAACCAACCAGAAACAUGCGGUGGUAUCAAACGUUCCAUAAAUGUCUGUGAUUCAUGCUGUGCAAUGGGCGGUUGCAACGUCGGAUAUUGCAAUCGGCAGAAUGGUAACACUUCUGUUGUUUUUUCAUGCAUUUUCAAUCAAGUAUACCGUUAUUCUCGUCAUGCAAACCUUUAUUUCGGUAUUUCAUACGUACCGCUUCCUCCCUCACGUAAACUAUUACUUUCGUCAGGAAAAUGGAUACGUAGAAUUGACAUUAGAAAAUAUCCUAAAGUUGUUUUGAAAUUAGAAAUUUACGGACAACUUAUAAAAUAGCUUCUUUUUUCAUUUAUUCCUAGUUUUACAGUAAAUGUCACGUAAGUACAUUUAUUUAUUCCCACUUACCGCAGGUACAGAAAUUUUGCAAUAUGUGUAAAGCCCGCCCGCUUAGCUCAGUAGGUAAGAGCGUUGGUCUACGGAUCGCGGGGUCGCGAGUUCGAUCUUCGGGCGGGGCGUAUGUUCUCCGUGACUAUUUGAUAAACGACACUGUAUCUUAAAUCAUUAGUCCUCCACCUCUGAUUCAUGUGGGGAAGUUGGCAGUUACUUGCGGAGAACAGGUUUGUACUGGUACAGAAUCCAGGAACACUGGUUAGGUUAACUGCCCGCCGUUACAUGACUUAAAUACUGUUGAAAAACGGCGUUAAAUCCAAAACAAACAAACAAAUAUGUGUGUAAAAGCACCGCAUAUAUCUGACUUUAUAACAAAGAAGCCCUAUAUUUAUAUAUUAAAAUAGAUUUUUUAUACAUGCGACUGACGAUAUAAUCGAUUGUGAUGGAGGACUUUGUUAAUUAAAUUGGGUAUUUUGUGUAUAAACCAAAAUGGCGAAAAUGUCUGUACCUGCGGUAAUUUUGAGAUUCCUUUGUGUGACUAUAACUACGAUAAUCAUGUUUUUAUCAAAUCUUUAUUAGGUCAGUGUUGUAGUAAAAGCAAGUUAUUUUACAUAGUGUCAUUAUCUUUUAAAAUGUCAGAAAUUGAAGGCCAUUUUCUAUUAAAAUCAUAUAUCGUUCCUCUUUUCAGUGACUCUUUUCAAUACGAAACGUCAUUACUGUUUCCAUCGCAAAAUGAAUGAGGGUAGUAAAAAAAUUAAAUCAUUGUUUUUAGAAGUAUCACACCUUAUAGAAUCUUAACAUAAAACAUGAUUUACAUCUUUCCAGAAUAUAUUUUGUAGAAGUUUGAACACUGAUCAUCAAAUCUUGCUGU